AUGCUCGCUAGACGUGGCUUUGGGCGCUUGUCCACGAUCACGUUCACCCAUUGCGGGGGUCCUGUGCAGUUUCGGGGCUCACCAGGAGUGGAUGGGGUCUCUGUAGGGGAUGCGAGAGGGGCCUUGGCAUCGGGCCUCGACGGGCGAAUGGAAGGAAGCCCAAGGGAUCGGAUUGCACUAACAGCAGCAGAAAACCCAAAAGCCUGUGCAAAGGAGUCAAAUAGGUUAUUCGAGCAGCACGUGGACCGCUGUACCCAAACGAAUAGCGUACAGGGACCUUCCCACUUAAGGUGCUGCUGUCGCUUGAACACCAGAGCCAUACGGGGCAUCUGGACUAUCGUUCCCCAAUCUCCUUCUGCUGCUUGUUGCUUCGUGGCUUCUCAGCAUAAUAAGUCAUGGGUGCAACAAGGCUCAAGCCUCGGCGACCGUCAAAAGAGACACAUCCAAUGCACAGUUGCGGCUGCAGAUUCACCACGCACCAAGGCUGAGUCGCCUAGAAUCAGCCCCAACAGCAGCGGAGGCAGCAUAUCGUCUGAAUUUAAUGACACGUGCGCGCCUCGUGCUUGGGACGGAGCUGGUUCAACAGCUGUGCGUGGUGCACGUGGAGAUUGUGCUUUUCCUGCUGCAGGUGCUGCCGCUGACGGGCGACCACCGCUGGUCUCUGCGACUCCAGCAGCAGUGCAGCACAUAAAGGAGUUGAUUAAGGAGUACAACGACGCCUUGCAGAAGGAGCAACUAGAUGGGGAGCCUUCUCUCAAGGCCACAGGCAUUCGCAUUAGUCUUCAACGGCAGGGAUGCAGCGGGAUGGCGUAUGACGUGACUCUAUGCACAGAGCGGCAGCCUCGCCCUCACGAUGGUUCAGCAACGGAAGCUUCUGCAACGCCUUCCCAUGCGUCUGGUCCUUUGGGGUUAUCCGGUCACAGGCGUAAAAACUGGGGAGAAGAUGAGGUGGUCGUAGUCGAGGGCGUGGAGAUCCGCGUGGCUGCGGAUGCUGUGAUGCUGCUUAUAGGGACCCAAGUUGACUUUGUAGAUGAAGACGUGCAGACGGGCUUCAUAUUCAACAAUCCCAACCAAAAACACUCCUGCGGAUGUGGCAAAAGCUUCAUGGUGUAG